AUGCGCUGGGGCAGCAUUGUUCCAGUCGCACAUCUUGUGCUCCUUGGGAUAGGCACCAGCAGUGCUAUCCCAAAUGUCAAAAGAGUCAUUAUUGGCAGAGUUCCCAAGCAACCUGCCAAAGAAGUUUUCCGUGGAGACUUUAGAAGCCCUGCUGAGGUUGCAAUAGAUGGCGGAUUCCGCCCAAGAGGCGACUAUGCAAAUGAUGACAGGGCAUUUUCCAUCUACCGCCACAUGGGAGGCGAGUUUUGGAGAGAGGAUGACUCGGAACUUUCGGAUGAAGAUUCUGAAGAAGAAUGGAUAUCAGCAUUUGUUUCUGUAACAACCGACGUGGGAACGGGAGCAUCAUAUGGCCGCUGGCUGUACAGGAUUCAUGCCACUCCGAAUAUGAUUGACCCAACAGCCGAGAACGAGAAUGAACCCGAGAUUUUCGCGCUGGGGGGUGUUCCUUGGUCACAAGUCAUGGGAUGGUACUACGUAAGAUUGGACGGAGACGGCCACGCUUUGAAUCCCGACGCCAUUACAGCUGCCGACUUUACCCCCAACCCAGCCUACCAGGGGAGGUAUGACCAGUUCGCUCUGACAACCGUUGAACCAAGAAGCCGAUGGCGUCAGCAUGAUAGAAGCUACUGGACACAAUUCAUGAACCGCCCAGACGUUGGGCCUGCUGUGGGCUUUACUGGUCAAUUCCCACUACAACUUGGGACAUAUUCUCUUGAAGGACUCCCUGGGCCUUCUUCAGCAAAUGGCGAGACUCAGAUUAACCGGCCACCAGCAGCGGCAGCUCAAGCUCCUGCGCUCAAUGAGGACGACAUAGUCGUAGCUGCCGAGUUCCUGCGAGACCACAAUGCGCCGUGUGACGUCUCCGGAGCUGAUCCCGAAACCCAAUGGCUUACUCUUGAGGCAGACUCGACAAUUGCCCGCGCCUUGGCCCGAAUGCAACGGGAAGGUCGUCCCAAUCAAACUCUCCCUAGCCCUAUUGAGGAGGCGGACGAGCAGAUUCGGAUAAUUAUUGAAAGGCUUCAACGGGGGCAGGAACCCAGCACAUGCCAACUUGUUGGCGAAUGCAGCGGACUGAGCUUCUCCCACAAGAAGAGGGCGGCGGCACCAGCAGGGCUCUCAAACCUAUGUCAAAGAAUCCACAGGCCAACAAAAGACGCAAACGGCUUGGACGACGCCACGCAAAACUCUGAGAAAUGCGUGCUACGGUCUCCAAUCAAUGUCAAGGUUCAACUGUCGGACGCUACCUCGGCCGGAAGCUGGGAUCGAUUGUUUUUGGAAAUCGGAAAGAAUCCCAAAUAUGACAAAACCCAGCCACACUACCUGCUCAAGGAGGCACCCGACGCCGGAGAUCUGAUGUCUGAAGACGUAGACCUCGCAGACGCUUAUACAAUGAAGGCGGUAACUAUUAACGACAUUAAAAGAGUUAAACUGGUCAGCCGAUUAGACACUGGACGGGUAGCUUCAAACGAGCUCAUGCUGCAAGAUAUUACAAUCACAGCGAAAUGCGCCGCUUCACCAAAAGUCGCUGAAUUUCACAAAGCAGCCAAUGAAUGGUUUACAAGCUGGGGCACAGAAAUUAAACCCACGGACUGGUCCUGGAAGAAGGACUGUGAUAGGUUUAAGAGCCUGAAGUUUAAAUGGCACUUGGGCGGUGCUGUCCGUGCCGGGACGUGGGAUGAUCUUAAACUAGGUGUUAAUCGCGAUCACAAAGUGACGGCUCAUGAUAUUCAAUUUGCUCAAAGCCCUGCGGCUAGGGACAGUGGUGAGAUGGAGAUUAACCUAAAGGAUACAUACGGUUCAGCAACUGUGCCCAUAGAAAAAGUCGAUUACUUCCGCGUCUAUUCCACUACAAGAUGGCCUGAUUCUGGCGAGGAUGAGUGGGAACUGGGAGGAAUAAGAUUCACUGCGCAAUGUGAGGGUUACGACAAAGCAGUUAUAAUGGACAAAUUUGGAAGUGAUUAUAACUGGCACUCUCGUAGCAAUGGCAAAGAGAUGCCCGUCGCAGCUAGCGACUGGCGGUGGGAGGAUGAAAAUCUUCAAACGCGACAUCCUUUCCCGAGAGAGGAACUGUGA